AUGACCGCAAUGGAACUCAUGUCCCUCCCCUUCGACGUCUUACAGCCCAUCUUGGAGCUCUCAUGCACAGAUGGCGGCUUCACCGGUUGCUCAUUAUCAUGCACCUCCAGAACCCUUCGCGACCUCUCCCGCGUUGCGCGUUUCUGGUCCAUUCAGCUCACUUUCGCGACUACCACCUUGCAGCUCGAGCAUUUUCUCGCCUGCCUCUCCGCAGAACGCUCCCGCGCAGUGACCGACGACUCCCCGGCCCCGCGCGUUCGCCAUCUCUACUUAAGUACCAACACGCUCUCCGACCUAGCCCCCGCCGACUCGUACGCCAAGGUUCUCCCAGACGACUACGAACUGCUCAAGUUCCACGACGAGGUCCGCACUCUCAUGGACCUCGUCGCCCGGGAUCUACACACGUUGACGCUGGCUGGGGGCCCGCGCUUGCGACCGUUGUGCCUCCCAAGGUGGCUGGGAACGACAGAGUUCCCCGCGCUUCGCGAGUUGACCCUCCUUGGACCGCUGUGGAGCAUCGUCGACUUCGCUCCUUUACCUCUGGAAGACGCAUCCCCGGAAGAACUCGAAGAACUCAACGCGGUCCCCUACCCGUCGCUCCCCAAUCUCAGGCGCCUGGAGGUCUUCGCGUCCGUGAAGUCGGCCAUGAAUCUAGAUCGCUGGUCAUCUCGUGCUCCGCGCCUCACACACCUCCGCAUCACCAACGCAGAAACGGUGUGGCUCGACACAGACAUGCUAGGGAGGAUCGUGGGGACGGGCGAAGACCUCACCGGUUGUCCCCGGCUCGGCGGAACGCUCUUCCCGCACCUUCAGGCGUUCCUCGUACAGCCGUUCUCAAGGCUUCCUCGCUGUGGCCCCAACCACAUCCUCGAAUCGCGGGGGAUAUCGGCCAGUGUGCAGACGGCCCAUCGGGAGUCUGCGCACGCGUGGGCGCUCCUUCCUCCCGCUCCCCCGUACUUGAAGGAAACGGAGAUCGACAGACGGAAGGCGAGACUCCGCGGUUGGUACGAAAGGCUCGAGGGCGAGCCUGGGCGCUGGGAAACAGAGGACGAAUGGUUCGCGAGAGAUUGA